ACCUCUGUUUUUAUCCUUUCCAAUAUGGAAAAGAGAAACCUCUGAGACACCACAGGUCUAAGUUGAUUUUGCAAUCUUUCUUUUUGUAUUUCGAUUUCUAUCUCGGAAGAAGUUCAAAGUUUUAUCUCUCUCUUUUCCCAAUCAAGGAGGCAGGGGAAGGGGAAGAUGUGUGGAGAGAAAGGAUUUGUCAAAAUAGGAGUGUGAAUAUUACCCAUCAAUUGGCUUUAUCAAAGCAAAGAAAACUUUGGAGGAACUUGGCCAGGAAAUUCCGGAUCAGCUGCAUAACAUCAAGUCCAUGAAGAUAGAAAUCGAGAGAAUACGGCUUUUGAACGAGAGAAUGAGUGGUAGAGAGCUCGAUGGUUUAUGCUACUUCCAACUGAUGAUACUUCAAAGGGAGAUAAAUUAUGGUUUGGUCAAUGUGAAGGGCCGGGAAGUGAGAAAAAAACUGGAAGAACAUGCAAAGCGGUUCGAAGAUAUCAGGCGAGUAGAACUGACGAAGAAGGUGAGAGUGACCUGCAAUUUCUGCGACUCCUCCGGCAGCAGAACGCAUUGUCUCCGUCUAUGGAGAGCGAACUCAAGAGAUUACGGCUUCUGAACAGGAGAUUGACCGGUAAGGAUCUCGACGGUCUGAGUUUCGCCGAGCUGCAGUUACUUGAAUCCCAGUUGAAGGAUGUCUACCACCUCGUGCAGAAUCUAAAAGUGGUGAAGAAAGACGAUGAAUUGCUGAGCAGACAGCUGAAAGGAGCAGUGGUCAAGGAUGGCUUCAGGACUGGUAGCACGUGCUCUUCCCCAAUGCAGAGGGAAUUCGAGAGAAGAAGCUCGGAAUCCAUGCAGAGCGAAUUUGAGAGACUGUGGCUUAUGAAUGAGAGAAUGUGUGGCAGAGAUCUCCAGGCCAUGACGUUUUUCGAGCUGCUCCUUCUCGAAGGUCGCCUACUCGAUUCCAUGAACAGUAUCAGUGCUCAUAUUCUUGGACCAAGAAUGGACGAAAUGGCUUGGCAGUUCAAACAGGAUGAUCGCCAGAUUUCUCUGCGGAUUAGAUCGCACGUCUCGCGUCUUUCCGUGUCAAGAAAGCUCAGGAGACUCCCAAUCUGUCUUCACCGGAAGAAGACCAUGCCGUGGAUCCGCUAGACAUGUCUCUAUCUGCCUUAAAUUUUGUGAUACAAUUCAGAGAGUUCUUAUUGUCUCUCUUAUCUCCUUCUGCUUUUGUGACCGAGAAAUUAGGAUUUUGGCCAAGUUAAAAUAUGUACAUUCUAACAAAAACCUUUAUUUUACCGUUUACAACAAACUAUGAAUGAAUUAAACGGAUCUCAUCAUCUUCUUCAUUA